GUGUCUACAUGUGCUACAAACUACAGUGAAAAUACGUACACUCGAGCUGUCAAUAAGGAAGUGUCCCGCCUUUUCUUACGUUCGAUUGGACAUUGCAGCAAUCGCUCUGCAUAUGAUUGGUUGACGCCGUUGCCUGUCAGUUUUCAAGCAUUUCUCUGCUUCCUUGCCACUGAACGAUGUUUUGAAGGAGAAAUGGGUUCAGGUUUCUUUGAUGGGGACGAAAGGGGGAAGUAAAUAAUUUAAAUGUCUCAUAUAUCCGGCAGUUUACAUUAAGAGACUAUCAACCAGCGUCCGUGCCGUAUCCGCGCUCCUCGUCUGGAUAACCUCCUGGAUUCGUAAGAAUGAAGUUUGAAUCUUGUCCGCUGCGCUCCUGUCUUUGUUAACGUAUCGUUAGUUGUGCCGGGGACGUCUGUAAUAAAGUGCCGAAUAAAAGAAAGUACAAUUUACAUUUUAACGACCGGUUUACUAGUCUUUUCAGUCCUGAUAAUUGUCUGGCUACCAGGCGAUGGAAAGCAGAGGGUCACGGGCUGGUUUGUGCGAACAAAGGAUAUGUUAACUUGACCGAAACAGAUCAAUGUGUGUGUUAUCAAUAGCGUGUUUUCCAAAAGCGGAAAAUCUGGACUUGAUAUCUAGAAGUGGCCAUUAAUGUGGCUAGAGUUAGAAAACCAUACGGAAGAAGAUGGCAGCAACUAAAGGCAAAGCUGGACUACAUAAUGAAAGCCGUUCUGGUCGGGAUAGUGGCAGGAUAGACGCAGGCAGUCCCACGGUAUCCGCAGCGGCCGCAUCCCUGACCACCAACAGGACCUACACACUAGAUGACCUGGACACUAUUGCCACUGUUGGUACAGGAACCUUUGGAAGGGUUUUUCUGGUGAAGGAUAAAAAGACACGAGGUUUCUUUGCUCUGAAAGCAAUGAAAAUCCCAGAUGUGAUUCGCCUGAAGCAGGAGCAACACGUACAUAAUGAGAAAGAGGUUCUGACGGAGGUGAACCAUCCUUUCCUUGUCAGAAUGUUCUGGACGCACCAUGAUGAUAAUUUCCUGUACAUGUUAAUGGAAUAUGUGAAUGGUGGUGAACUCUUCAGCUAUUUACGUAGCCGAGGGCGUUUCAGCAACAGCACUGGAAUGUUUUAUUCAGCUGAAAUUGUGUGUGCCAUUGAAUACCUUCACUCCAAAGAAAUCGUCUACAGAGAUCUGAAACCAGAGAAUAUACUACUGGACAGUGAGGGGCACAUUCGGUUGACAGAUUUUGGGUUCGCAAAAAAGCUCUCAGAAAGGACAUGGACUCUUUGUGGUACUCCUGAGUAUUUGGCUCCAGAAGUGAUCCAGAGUAAAGGUCACGGUCGAGCCGUGGACUGGUGGGCUCUGGGUAUUCUCAUCUUUGAAAUGCUUGCAGGGUAUCCACCGUUUUUUGAUGAUAAUCCCUUUGGCAUCUACCAGAAGAUCCUGGCCGGAAAGCUGGAGUUUCCACGGCAUCUGGAUUUCUAUGUAAAGGACCUAAUCAAGAAGUUUCUGGUGAUUGAUCGGGCAAGAAGGCUUGGAAACAUAAAGAAUGGAGCUGAUGAUAUAAAGAAGCACAGAUGGUUUAAGUCAGUAGACUGGGAUUCUGUGCCUUGUAGAAAACUCAAGCCACCCAUAGUUCCCAAGGUGUCUCACGAGGGGGACACGUCUAACUUUGACACCUAUCCAGAGGAUGAGUGGAAGAAGGACACACCAGUGGCAGCUAAGGAUUUGGAAAUUUUCAAGAACUUCUGAAAGGAUAUUCUUUUGAAUGAAUAAAAAGACAGGACUGAUGACAGAUAAUGAUUAGAUAAUGAGCUGAAGUUUUAGCAUAACCAUUCAGGAGACAUUAAAAGGUCAAAGCUGUAUUAUUAUUAUAGGCAUGUCUUGCCUGCUUGUCCUUGAGUCCUGCACACUUGAGAAAGAGACUUCUUCUGGUCAUCAUUAUUGUCAUCAUAAUCAUGGUCAAAUGUUCCCCAGGAAACAUUUCAUCACUUCAACGUCUUGUAAGAUGAGCAACUUGAUUCAACACCCUCUUAUAGGAGUCUCUUAUAUUAUGCAAAAUGAUUUUUAUAUAUAUAUACAUUAUUUUAAAUAAGCAAUAUCAAUAUUCUGUUCAAGGUUCUUUUUGCUGGAUCAACACAAUGUCCUUGCUUUUGCCUAAACAUCUAUGGUCAUGGGUUUUGUUUUGACUUUAUACCUUAAUUUUUU